UGGUCAAUUAUUUUAUUAUAUCUCCAAGAACUGUGAAUCUCGAUAUUUUUAUAUGAUUUUCUGUUCAGUUCGUCGGACUUGACAACGCAUGGAGAAUCGGAACCUCUGGAUUAUGUGACAGAGCGCCACCUGCAACAAACUAUGUUUCAUUUUCCGAGUAGCGGGAGAGCAAAUUCUAGGCGUUCGAGAACUGUCUUGUCGUGGUCCGUCGCCCCGUUUCGAGAUCACAAACAUUCCGAUCAGGUUGCGGUGGUUUUUAGCUCAGCGGUUGCGGUGGAAUAUUUAUCUUGAUUACGAUUAAAUCACUCCGCUAAAUGAAAUAGCCUUCGAGCUGCUAGUUAUCAGAUUGAUAAACACACAACCAACAACGCCCAUGCGCAAUCGCGUCGCGACGUUUUAAUGAAAAUCUCUAUUUUUUAAAGAAAUGAAUACAAUUUCAUUCAGUUCUGAAAGAUACUAAUUGCAAGGAAAGUGCAGUCCCCAACUUAUUAAUAUUGAUAACUGGUCAUUUUAAUUAGUUUCAAUGUCAAUUUCGAUUAAUAAUGAUAAUAGGCCUACAUGCGAUUUAUACAGCUCACUUUCCAUCUUGAUUUAAUCCUCAUGGCGCUUCAGAGCAAAAUGAACAAUACGAUGGCGGGGAAUACUUUAAAAGCCAAUGGUUUAACAAUGAAUGAUAUCCUGCAUGCGCAAUGAAAUGAUUACCAACCCCAAUCACACAUAAACGAAUCAAUGCAUCUAAAUUGUGGAAAAAUAUCGAACAUGUUUGGAUUCUUUAACAUCACCCAAGUUGAAAUUAAAACAUGAAUAUGAAACACGAGAUAUGUGCAGCAUACAAUCUGACAGAAAUAUUAUUACUCCCGAAUUAGUGAGCCUGAAUUUGUCUGCACGAUUUAGUGGGGAGUUCAAGGUCGAGGAAUAGAUCAUGAUUAUGAGAAAUGUAUACAAAUAAUGGAACAAAAAUUUGCAUACAAAAAAGACCUAUAUGGUAGGGUCCAUGGUAUAAAUUACUUAUUACAAAAUAUCGUCUGCUGUGACAGCCCACUCAUUUUCGGCGUAUCCUUCCAACAUCUAGCGUGCUUAUUCGGAAAGAAGUUUUGAUUGGUCGAAAGUCUACCUCGCGAUCUCGCGUGAUUGGCUGACUAGAACGGCGGGGCGGGGCUUAUCCCUCCACCUGCGACUUUGAUCAGCUGUGUGUCGUUAACUACCUGUUACGUUUUCGUGUGUGACCUGUGCGAAGCCACCGCCAUAUACCACUGGUAGGCAGGCCAGUAGGCGGGCGGGCGUGCAUUGGUAGUGAUCCGUCACACGGGCUGUUAAAAACCACACUAAGCCUCGGGGGAUUCUGUCAGUCGUUCCUCGGUAACACAACACCAGAAAGAAGUGGCUAGGUCUCAGGUGUAUGCAUGUAUGCUGCUCUAUCCUCCUCUCCUCAAAGCCAGUACAACCUUAACCCAAAACCGCUUGGAAGACAGCGUGUGACAUCAUAACACAUACAACCACCGUCUGGGGUGGGAGUAUUCUGGUGAUAAUGAGGAGGGGUGUUGACAGUCGACAACUUCAUUCCAUCUUCUUAAGUUUUCUGGACUAGACACUAAUCCAUACUGCGGGAUCUAACUUUUUUAGACACAUACUUCGAUCUCUACUUGGACAGAGAUAAUGAGGAGAACGAUGUGAAACCUGUUACUUCAGUCUGUGGAGUUCAAACCGAUCGCAUCUCCCUUUUCAACUCGAGGAGGCGUGCCUCGAUGUUUAUCUUCUAGAGCUCUACACUUUAUCUAUGGAUUGAAGUUGGACAAUUCUUCUCAAGUCCUCUGUUGACUUACCCACUCAACGCCUCCUUUUCGAUAAUAUUUACUCAGAUUUGAAGUUUGGAACUGAGAACUAAUUGUUACUGUAGUUUCUUCAGUGUAAAGAUAUUUUGUGAAGUUUUUCUAACAUCGUUUGCAUAGUUUGACAGCGGUUUGUUUUGAUAUAGCUGUGACGAACUCUGGUUGCAUAUUGGGGCGCAAUGGCGGAAUCCGCCGACGGUUGCGGUACCUUCAACGAUGUCGAUGCCCUAGCAAUGGAAUAUAUCAGAAAUUUUGAUUUGAGUCUUUGGCAGCUGGGAGCUGCCCUGAAACGUGAACCCGAUAUGGAUUGCGACGGUGACCAGACGAUGUGUGAGGUGUUCACGCUCGCCCAAGCUCAGGGGCAGCUUCAACGGUGUUCGACGUACCCUGAGUUGGGCCCGGCCGAACAGGAGUUCAUCAUCCAGCACAGUCAGGCCCAUGGUCCGCGGAGUAUGAGCAGUAGCAGCAGUAUAAGCAGUACGAGUAGUGAUGACUGGAACACUAAACUACCAUCGUCCGGGUUGUGCUCGCCCGACAAUUACACGAACACCAUGGCUCCUAUGGUUGAGCUUGUCCAGCCACCUUGCCCGAGCACGACAGCAGCGAUUGCCAACACCACCAAUAUGUCCAACAACAUGUCGGGUGCUGUCAUGCCCAUCUCGCCUUGCCUCGCCAAUAGUGUGCCACCCAGUCCAGUAGAACUCAAGCCACUUGAAAUACACUGGGUACCCACGGACAACAAGAAACCAAAAACUCGAAAUAGGAAAGAAAAAACUGUGUUACCUAAACGAGAGGCGAUUAAAAUGCGAAUGGGCUCGAUCAACGAAAGCGACGACGAUGAAGACGACGAUAGCGAUGAUGAUGAUGAAGACAAUAGUGAUCGCGAUAGUACAAGUGGAAGUAGCAUUGGUGGGGAUGCCGACAUGUUGGAUAUACCUAAAGAAGACAUUUUUAACAUAUUCACCGACGAGGAGCUCGUCCACCUCAGCGUGAGGGAACUGAAUCGACGACUACGAGGCUACCGAAAAGACGACGUCGUACGGUUGAAACAGAAGCGACGCACGCUGAAGAAUCGUGGUUACGCGCAAAGUUGUCGAACGAAGCGUCUGAAGCAGCGACUUGAUCUGGAGAACGAGCAGUUGUAUCUGAGGACGGAGCUGUCGAGAUUGAAAAGCCAACUUUCCAUCGCCACCCAGGAGCGCGACCACUACCGCAGACAGCUCGAGAACUUCCGAGCCAGCAUGCAGGGAGCAGUGGUGCCGGAAAGUCCAGACUCUGCAGAGUUCUAUCUGUGAUCAGUUCAAUUUGCCAAUAUGUGUUUUGCACUGCUUUCUAUACUGUUUAUUGCAAAUUGAUGAGACCAUGCAUGGACAACAAAACGGUCAAAUUCAUCCAUAUUGCAGAGUUCUAUCUGCGAUCAGUUCAUUUUCCAAUAGGCCUGUGUCGUAUUUGUUUUGCAUUGUUGUUUUUUAAGUUAAAAAGACUUCACCACCAUGAUCAUUCAGAACGAUUUCUAAAAUUGGUGUCAAUGGAUGCACAUUAUAAUUAUGUUAGUACUUAUAUGUUAAAACUAUCAAAUCUAAUUUCAAUGUAAAAACUAUGUUCUAAUGUUGUGCCGAGUGGCUGCACCAUGUAUAAAUUUCUAAAUUGAAACCUGUAGGUUUUUCGACACCUGUUAAACAUAACAUGCGGAACCAUACUACCAUCUUCCACUUACAAUGGAGAGAAUGGUGGAGAAAAAUCCACAUUCCUCCUAAAUCACCUGUCCAUGUUUGGUAUUCUGAGUCUUGAAGAUCCCUCCGUGUUUUGUCAGAGGGCUCAGAGAGGUGGGAUUUUUCAAUAUCAAGUGUAAUCCACGCGACUUCAAUAUUGAACCAUCUCGAUAACAAUUCCCUGAUUGACUCAAUGUGUUUCACACGUGAAUUGUAUAUCGGGAUGUUAUCACUUUUCAAGACUUCAAGGAGGGUACCGAGGCGUACCUCGUAAACGAAACCUCCAGAUUCGGGAUUUUCCUUUUUGAAUACAUGUAUUUCAGUGAAGAGUGUAAGCUGUCUUUCCACCCUGCCUCUAACAGAAGUUUAAUAGGGGGGAAAAUAAUGAAAUAAUCUUUUUCAUACUGUCAUAAGCAUUAAUUGAUGUUUGUUUCAUUGGUAUUUGGUCGUUUUGUUUGAAGGAUUUUUUUUAAGACGAAGAUGUGGAGUUGUUUGUAUCUUGACAAGACAUUUUGAUCCAGCUAUUUUGUGAAUGAUUUCCUUCGAAUUUUGUUUGAGUGUUACCCAUGCUCCAUCUUCUUUCCAGUGCUUUUGUUUUAUCUUAUGUAUAUAGGGAGUUCAGUACGAUGAGUGUGAGGUCAUUCAUAGCUGGAUCAACAAAGUUCGAUUGUCAAUAUACAAACAAAACCUUGCAAAGCUAUACGCCAGAAAUAUCCGGAUUGCACCCGCCGCCCGUCCCUCUGUCACGGAGGAUGGGUACAAGGUUCAGCAUCAAAAUUUGGUUUAGAGCUUUAGUUUAACCCCUAAACUAAAUCAUUAACAAAACACGGAAGAAGUCACACGUUAUAAAAACGAGUUGUAAUGUUUUUUUUUAUUUUGGUGAAUGUUAAACUAAUGCAUUUGUAGAUAAAAAAAACUGCCUUUGAAAUUAUUGCUGACAAAAAAUUCACCCCCUCUAGACUAGAGGGAUUUGGUGACUGUGAAUGACAUUCCUAACACUUUUCAUUGUUAUCGUAAUCAUUACUAAAACAAGGUAGGUGUAGCAUUAAUAAGCCAUGAUUACUUGUGAUAUUGAACAAUAAAUAAUGAUUGCAAGGAUUACUAGGUCUAGUCAUUUUAUUUGAAUGAUUAGACCUAGUAAUACUUGUAAUCAUUCAAAAUUGUAUAUUUCAUUCCGAUGAAAACUUUGAAGUAAAAGAUUUGCGUUGGUUUUCUUUUUACGGAAUAUAUAUUGAAGAAAUUGGAGUCGUUUCGAAAUUGUGUGUAUCUAGCAAUUGAUUCAAUAUUGAUAUUUUUUUACUUGAUUUUUAUUCCAGAAUUGCAAGUAGAUUUUAGAUGUUGAUUUUGUGUUGCUUAAGUACUAGAUGUCGUACGGAUUAUAUACAUUUUCAUGAUUUUCUAAUUGAUGUCUUUAGGUUAGUGAAUUAUUUGUUUCAUGAAAUAGAGUUAUGCAUUAUGACAGAUUUUGUAAAGAUUUAUGAGAGAAAUUUAUGGCUAUUUCCGUUGUGGAAUUGAAGAAUUUUAAGGGAUUAUUUUGCAGUGAGGGAUACACAGCAAAAACUGUGGUGUUAACCGGUGUACAUAGAAGACCACACCAAUUAUUUCACAUCGGUGUUAAAU